GUCGGAGAAUUAAUACAAUGGCGGACGCAGCUCCAGCCGGUGGUCGUGGUGGAUUCCGUGGUGGUUUUGGAGGUGCUCGCGGUGGACGUGGAGGUCCCCGUGGUAGGGGUCGUGGUCGCGGCCGUGGACGUGGUCGUGGAAAGGAAGACCAGAAGGAAUGGGUACCAGUAACCAAGCUUGGUCGUUUGGUCCGCGAUGGCAAGAUCCAAAAGUUGGAGGACAUUUACCUGUUCUCUUUGCCCAUCAAAGAAUUUGAGAUCAUCGACUUCUUCCUUGGCUCCAACCUGAAGGACGAGGUCCUCAAGAUCAUGCCCGUCCAGAAGCAGACCCGUGCCGGUCAACGUACCCGCUUCAAGGCAUUCGUCGCCAUCGGUGACAGCAACGGACACAUCGGUCUCGGUGUCAAGUGCAGCAAGGAAGUCGCCACCGCCAUCCGUGGUGCCAUCAUCCUCGCUAAGCUUUCCGUUGUCCCAGUCCGCAGAGGAUACUGGGGUAACAAGAUUGGUAAACCCCAUACCGUCCCAUGCAAGGUUACUGGCAAGUGCGGUUCCGUUACCGUGCGUCUCAUCCCAGCUCCCCGUGGUACCGGUAUCGUGUCUGCUCCAGUCCCUAAGAAGCUCUUGCAUAUGGCCGGCAUUGAGGAUUGUUACACCUCCGCUCGUGGCUCCACCGGUACCCUUGGAAACUUCGCCAAGGCUACUUUUGCUGCCAUCGCCAAGACCUACGCAUACCUUACCCCAGACUUGUGGAAGGACAUGCCACUCACCAAGACUCCAUACCAAGAGUAUGCUGAACAUCUGAUCAGGAAUCACCGUCCUGUCACUGCUCCAGCCCGCCCAACUGAGGCCACCAACUAAACUGUGUUUAUUUUUCAACAGCAGACAAAAAAUAAAAGAACAUCAUUUUUAAA